AUGGCCGUGCUCGCAGCUGUCGGGCAGAUCUGCGCCACGGGGUCCCUCAAGGCCAACCUGGACCAGUGUGUGAGGCUCGUUAGCAAGGCCGCCGUCGGCGGGGCAAAGAUACUGUUCCUGCCUGAGGCUUCAGACUACAUCGCACCCAACGCCCAGACAUCGUUGGAGCUUGCGGUGCCGCAGGCGACGUCGCCAUUCGUCCUCGGGCUACGUGCCGCCGCGAAGCAGCACGCCAUCGCUGUUCAUGUCGGCAUCCAUCACCCUAUAGAAGCAGCCCCGGGUGCGCCCAUUCGAAAGCUGCUCAAUCGCGCCUUGUACAUCAACGCAGACGGUGCCAUUGUCGACGCGGCGACGUACGACAAGCUUCACGUGUUUGAUUAUGGGUCUCUCAAGGAGAGCAACACCGUUCAGCCGGGGCCGACGCUCACGGCUCCGUUUGACUCACCGGUAGGUAGGAUAGGCAGUCUCAUAUGCUUCGACGUGCGGUUUCCCGAGACUGCGAUUGCUUUGGCGCAGCCGGGCAAGUCAAGUAGAUGGUUCAACCGCCCCGCACAGAUCUUGACGUACCCCAGCGCGUUUACGAUUCGCACGGGCGAGGCGCACUGGGAGACGCUGCUCCGGGCGCGGGCCAUUGAGACAGAAAGCUGGGUGGUGGCCGCCGCGCAGGUUGGUCAGCACAACGAGAAACGGGCGAGCUACGGAAGGAGCAUUGUCGUGGACCCGUGGGGCACAGUGAGACUGCGGCUCAAGGGAGUUGUGGACGCCAGUGGUGAGGCCGAGGAGGGGGCAGUGGGGGAGAUUGGUUUCGUUGAGAUGGACAUGGACAUGACAAGCCGAGUGAGGGAGGGCAUGCCGCUGCAGAGGCGAACGGACGUCUACCCCGAGUUGCCCGGACGGCCGGACGGCACGGGCUGA